GGAGAUAAUAAGAGGUGAAUUGCGUAUCCUUUCAACAGCCUUCUGUUAAACUUGGAAUACCACGGUUCAAGCAAUUGAACAGAUGGAUAAUGGAGACUGGGGAUAUAUGAUGACUGAUCCAGUCACGCUAAAUGUGGGUGGACACAUGUAUACGACAUCCCUUACAACUCUAACGAGAUAUCCUGACUCAAUGCUUGGGGCCAUGUUCAGGGGAGACUUCCCCACUGCCAGGGACUCUCAGGGCAAUUACUUUAUUGACAGAGAUGGACCACUUUUCCGUUAUGUUCUUAACUUUUUAAGGACCUCAGAGCUCACUUUGCCACUGGACUUCAAGGAGUUCGACCUACUUCGGAAGGAAGCGGACUUCUAUCAGAUCGAACCGCUAAUUCAGUGUCUUAAUGACCCCAAGCCACUGUAUCCCGUGGAUACCUUUGAGGAGGUGGUGGAGCUGUCCAGCACCCGGAAGCUUUCCAAGUACUCCAACCCGGUGGCUGUAAUCAUCACGCAACUCACUAUCACGACGAAAGUCCAUUCGUUACUGGAAGGCAUUUCAAACCACUUCACAAAGUGGAAUAAGCAUAUGAUGGACACCAGGGACUGCCAGGUUUCCUUCACUUUUGGGCCAUGCGAUUACCACCAGGAAGUGUCGCUCAGAGUGCAUCUGAUGGAGUACAUCACAAAGCAAGGCUUCACGAUCAGGAAUACCAGAGUUCAUCAUAUGAGCGAGCGUGCCAAUGAAAACACAGUGGAGCAUAACUGGACUUUCUGUAGACUGGCACGGAAAACAGAUGACUGAUUCUGACUCUACAGGAGCCACUUCAGUGAUUAGCAACUUAAUUGGACAGUAAACCCAAGAAAGUCUGGAUUUUGACUAAUGCAACAAUGUGGGCUUUUUUUUAUACGACUAUUUAUUGUUUAUCAGUAAGGACUGGAGGAGUUUCGUUCUCUAGCAGCUCUGUCCUUUUGUCCUGUUCAGAAAAAAACAUGCAUGUGCCUGUUCAGUCAAGACACCUUUUUGUUUGAAAGAGGGAGUCCGAGGAAUUAGUACAAUAGGGUAUUUUGUGUCAUUAACACAAUUCUCUGAUGCAACUUAAAGUGCUAAAAUUACCUCCGUUUAAAAGGCUUCUAAUCCAUCUAAUGCUACGAUACUGGGAGCAAGAAACAAACAGAAUUUAAGAUGCGGUUGGGGAAAAGCUGCUAUCAUGUAGACUAAUUUAGUUUCUAAAUCAAUAAACAGUAUUGUAAUAUUCUAGGAAAA